AUGUCUUUCAUCACCUCCAUCCGGGCUUCUCGUCAAGCUCUCCGUUCCAAUAUCAUUCCCGUCUCCACAUUUCAUACAUCGGCUGUCCGCAGCUUGAAAGAGAACGACCGUCACCGCGAAGACCUCGCUGACCACUAUGAGUCUCACAAACAAGAAGGCCUCAAGGAAACCAAGGAGGGCAAGGGAAAGUGGAGGUCCGAGCUGGCCAGUUCCAGUGAAGAAGAUGUGAAAGCUGAUCGAGGCGAAUACGAUGGUGAUCAUCCCUCGUUCGAGGCCAUGCAGCAAAAGACGAAACACCUGCUUCGUGAGCAGGAAAAGGCGAAGGGAAACAAGCAAUAA